AUGAAUCCAAAUAUGAUAACGAAACAUGCUAGGGUGUUCCCUUUAAGUGAAGCGUUGUGCCUGCCUUCGGGUGCUUCGAAAAAUGUGCAAGGGGUGCCACACUGGCGUCCGGGUGUGGCGAUAAGUGAGCAAGGGUUCCCGUGUGUACCUGAACGAGCACGGGUAAAGAAGCUAGCCCAGGAUUAUAGGAUUCAUUUAGCAACUUGGAAUAUAGGGACAUUAACGGGUAAGACUAGGGAGCUAGUUGACACCAUGCUUAGGAGGAAGAUUAGAAUAGCUUGUCUUCAGGAAACUAAGUGGGUAGGGGAGAAAGCUAGGGAAAUAGAGAACACAGGUUAUAAGCUCUACUAUACGGGUAAGAAUAGACAUAGAAAUGGAGUAGGUAUCGUAGUAGAUAAACACCUAAAAGAUUCGGUAGUAACAGUCACGAGGAAAGGAGAUCGGAUUAUUUUAGUUAAGCUUGUGAUCGGAGGGAGCAUAGUUAAUAUUAUUAGUGCUUAUGCACCCCAAGUAGGUUUGGAUGAUCUCACUAAAGAGCAAUUCUGGGAGCAUAUGGAUGACGUGGUUCAAAUAUACCUUUUGGGGAGAAGCUAUUUAUAG